ACCUCGUUUUUUUUACAACCUUUCGCUUCAAACACCUCUCUUUCCCUCCAAAGACACCUCCAUCGUCGUCAUGGUUAAAUUUUCUGCUGCUCUUUUUAUUGCCAUCGCCAUCUCAGCGCCCGCCCUUGCCAUACCCACCGAAAAGGAACAUGUUGCACGAGAACUUUCAGAGAACGUCUAUGAACGUGGACUCGAUGCUGAAGAUUUAAAUCUUAGUGUUAGAGACUUUUAUGAAGGCGAUCUUUCUAUGCGGGAAGUGAACGAUCUCGUUGAGCGAGAGCCAUUUUUCGGUGCUAUAUUCUCUGCGGUCAAGGCGGCAGUCAAAAUCGGAAAAGGAGCGAAAAAAAUUCAUGACGCCAAAAACCGUCAUCGUAGAAAGCGUGAUCUCGAGGACUCCGAGGUUUACCAGAGAUCUCUUGACGGGGAAGUGAUGGAACGGGACUUCGAGGAAGACUUUCAAGCUCGUGAAGUCGACCACUUUCAUGCCAGGGACUUUCCUGAUGUGGACCUCUUUGGGCGGGAACUUGACGAGUUCUAUGAACGCGAAAUUGAGGAUUUGGACUAGAAUGUCAUCAACGUAAAUACGAUGGUAGUUAUGGAACAAGUUGACUUUUGUUUCCGA